GUCCAAAAACCUAUAGUUUUAGUUCAACAAUGGAUUCCAGUGCUGCUGCAAACCUAGAUAAAUCUGUUCUUAAGGUAAUGAUAAAUGGCAAUUUGGAGAAAAGGAUUAUUGACGUGAUCAAUGACCAUAGGAACCAAAAUGAUGACAAAGGAAUGAUUUCCAAAAGACUUACUGCAAAGAAAUUACAGGAUGUGUACAUGGCUUUACAGAGAUUCUCUUUUAAGACUGAGCACAUUGAGGAAGCAAUGAAAAAUACACUUUUAUAUGGAGGUGAUCUUCACUCUGCACUUGACUGGCUUUGUUUAAACCUACCUGAUGAUGCCUUGCCUGAAGGUUUUAGCCAGCAGUUUGAGGAACAGUCUCAGAAACCUAGAGCAAAGUUUUGUUCUCCCGUGUCACAGCAUGAACCUCCACCUCGCUUAGGAGAUAAGAAGAAAGAAAAUGACCCUGAAACUAAGGAGACAAGUGUGAGGAAGGAGAAAGAAGUGAGUAUGAAGGAAUGGAUUUUGAGAUACGCCGAGCAGCAGAGCGAUGAAGAGAAAAAUGAGUCGGUGAAAGAGACAGAUGAAGAAAAUUUUGACCCAAAUGAGAGGUAUGUACAUCUGUCUGCCAAGCUUUCAGAAGCAAAAGAACAAGCAAGCGUCUCCAAGCAAGAAAAAGACAAGCAAGGCCAGAAGGCAGCACAGGAGAAAAUAAGAAGAAUUCAGCAAGAAAUGGCAGUACUUGAAGAACAUCCAAUAUUUAAUCCAGCUGUAAAGAUUGCAAGCCAGCAACAAAAUGAAAAGAAAAAAACUCCCUCACCUCAGCCUCAAGAAACCACUCUGAAUUUGAGCUUGCUUGAAAAACCCGAUUGUGCUGCAAAGGAAGAAAAAG